UAUUUAUUAAUAAUAAUAAUUAUAAUCUUUUGAGAAGAUCCAAUUAUUUUAAAGUGAUAAUCAACCGACUUCAGUGUAUUAUUUAUACAACAUGCGGUCAGAAAUGACAAACGAAGACAGCUUGGACAAAGAUUGGAAUUUAGAAGACCAGUCGAGUAAUAAAACUGUUUCAGCGCUACGAAAAACAUCGAGAAGGAUUGAAAGGUUUAAUAAUAAUAAUUUAACAAGCUCGAAGUCAUCUUCUCGCGGGUGUACACCAAGGGAGAGAACUCUCAGGAGAUUAGAAAGUAACGAGAGAGAACGAAUGAGGAUGCACAGUCUUAACAACGCGUUUCAGAGCUUGAGAGAAGUCAUACCUCACGUUAGUAAAGAACGACGUUUGUCUAAAAUAGAAACAUUGACGCUUGCUAAAAAUUAUAUUGUUGCACUUACGGACGUAAUCUGUGCAAUGAGAAAUGACGAACAAUCAACAAAUGUUCAGACAACUCCAAUUAUUGAUGGUGAAAAAUCAGAUCAUAUUAAUGACUGUUUAAAUAUGAAUACUCCCACGUCUUCGAGAUCUUCUAGUCCAGAACUCCAAACAUUUUCUACCAACCCUAGUCGAAUUAAUUCACUUUGGAAAGAUAAUUAAAAUUUAUUGAUUGACCAAAUAUAUACUAAACUUUUAAUAUCUUACUAAAAAGAAUGGAAGAUACAAAAAAAAAAGCUAGGAAUAUUUUAUGAUAAAAUUUACAUGAAUUAAUUUUAUGCAUCAACUUUUUUUAAAAAAUAUUUAUUUUUUUAAACUUAAAAAAAAUUUUAUCAACGAAAGUGACCAAUUGAAAGAUGUAAAGAAAAUUUUUUCUAAACUUUUAGCAGAGACUUUUCUCUCAUUAAUUUUAAUAUUUUUUUCUCUUUUAUUAGAUUAUAUACAAUUAAAAGUAAUUAUUGAAAUCUAUAUAAAUCUAUUUGUGCCAGAUUGCCAGUAUUAAAUCAAAUUAAAUUUAAAAAAAAAAUUAAUUAUAAGAAAAUGAUAAAAUAAUAAAUAUUUUCUUGUCUAACGUAGAAAAUGCAUUUAUUAGUGAAAGUAAAAAAAUUCUAUACUAUUUAAGGUAAUUGAAGAAAAUAGACCGUGAAAAAAUUUUAAAUUUAUGAAAAAUUCAUAUUAUUUCAUUAAAAUUAUUAUAAAAUAAAAAUUAUAAUAAUAAUGUAUCACUCCUACAAUUUAACAGAAAAAAAGCAACCCAAAAAAUAUCGCUCCAUUUUUUGUUACAAAAAAAAAUUAUUAUUAUUAUUAUAAUUUUUAUUUUAUAAUAAUAAUCAGCUGCCCGAUUGUAAAACACAGUAACCGCAAAAUUUUUAUAGCUAAUUUUUUUUAAUAUUGCUGCAUUUAGACCUUAAUUUAAAGUAUUUUUUAAAAAUAUUUAUAACUUACUAUUUUCUAUUCGUAAAUCAAAUUCUUUAUCGAUUUGGCGCAAAAACUUUUUUUUAAUAAGAAAAAUUUUGAAAAAUCUUAAAAUUGUCAAUUACUGUGUUUUGAAAUUAGACAGCCGUAAUUUUAAUGAAAUAAUUCGAAUUUUUCAUAACUUUAAAACUUUUUUCGGACCUAUUUGUUUCGGGAUUCUUUAUUCAAAGCUUUUAUGUAAUUUAUAUUGAUUGUUGAGCAAGAAAAAAAAUAAUGGAAAGUAUUUUAUGGAACAAAUUAAAUGUAUUGUAGAUAAUAAAAAACUAAAAACAUCUAACUAUCUUUAUAGAUGUAACAUCGAAAAGAAAUAUAUUAUAUUUAUUAUUAUAAAUAAAUAAAUCUAUAUU